AUGCCUGCUGUCACAUCAAUACGAAGGAACGGAUCAGAUUUUAAGGUUGUUGUGUUUUGUGUUUGUGAGCUAUGGAGUGAGUGCAUUGGCUUCAUGGUGGAGGAGGAGGGUGUUGUUGGGGAAUGCUUGCAUAUGCAUGGCUUGAAGCAAAUUGAGGAAAAACAAAAGAAGGUAAAGCUUGAUGAUAUGAAGCUUUCAACAUCAGGUUUGGGGCAGCAGGGACUUGAAGGAGGGGAGAAGAAGUGUCUGAAUUCUGAGCUAUGGCAUGCCUGCGCGGGGCCCCUGGUGUCCCUACCAACUGCAGGGACUCGUGUGGUUUACUUCCCUCAGGGUCAUAGUGAGCAGGUUGCUGCCACAACUAACAGAGAAAUUGAUGGGCACAUUCCCAAUUACCCUAGCUUGCCACCCCAGUUAAUAUGUCAACUUCACAAUGUCACAAUGCAUGCAGAUGUUGAGACAGAUGAAGUGUAUGCUCAAAUGACAUUGCAGCCAUUGACUCCGCAAGAGCAGAAAGAUACAUUUCUUCCUAUGGAAUUGGGCAUUCCAAGUAAGCAGCCAUCAAAUUAUUUUUGCAAGACAUUAACGGCCAGCGACACCAGUACACAUGGAGGAUUCUCUGUUCCUCGACGUGCUGCUGAGAAAGUUUUCCCUCCACUGGAUUUCUCCCAGCAGCCACCAGCACAGGAACUAAUUGCCAGGGAUCUCCAUGAUGUUGAAUGGAAAUUUCGACAUAUUUUUCGGGGACAGCCAAAACGACACCUUCUUACUACAGGCUGGAGUAUAUUUGUUAGUGCCAAGAGACUUGUGGCUGGAGAUUCUGUGCUUUUCAUAUGGAAUGAGAAGAAUCAACUUCUUUUGGGAAUACGUCGUGCCAAUAGACCACAAACUGUAAUGCCGUCAUCAGUUUUAUCCAGUGAUAGCAUGCACAUUGGACUUCUUGCAGCUGCUGCCCAUGCUGCAGCGACCAAUAGCUGUUUUACUGUGUUUUAUAAUCCAAGGGCUAGUCCAUCUGAGUUUGUGAUACCGCUUUCAAAAUAUAUCAAAGCUGUGUACCAUACACGCAUUUCUGUUGGUAUGCGUUUCAGGAUGCUUUUUGAGACGGAAGAGUCAAGUGUCCGCAGGUAUAUGGGUACAAUAACUGGCAUAAGUGAUUUGGACUUGGUUCGGUGGCCGAAUUCUCAUUGGCGCUCUGUCAAGGUUGGUUGGGAUGAAUCAACAGCUGGGGAGAGACAACCGCGAGUAUCUCUCUGGGAAAUUGAGCCAUUAACAACAUUCCCCAUGUAUCCGUCACUAUUUCCCCUUAGACUGAAACGUCCAUGGCAUCCUGGCUCAUCGUCUCUGCAUGAUGGUAGAGAUGAAGCAAGUAAUGGGCUGAUGUGGCUGAGGGGUGGACCUGUAGACCAAGGUCUCAAUUCCCUAAAUUUUCAGGGAGCUGGUAUGUUGCCCUGGAUGCAGCAGAGAUUAGAUCCCACUUUACUAGGAAGUGAUCAGAAUCAACAGUACCAAGCCAUGUUGGCAACUGGCUUGCAGAAUCUAGGUAGUGGAUAUCUUAUGAAGCAACAAAUGAUGAAUUUUCAACAGCCUUUUCACUAUCUUCAGCAAUCAGGAAACAGCAGUUCUCCUUUGCAACUUCAGCAGCAGCAAUCAAUUCAACAAUCGGUGUCUUCUAACAUGCUGCAGCCACAGGCCCAUGUAUUGACAGAGAACCUCUCUCAGCAUCUGCUUCAGAAACCACAUAACAAUCAAGAAGUCCAAGCACAACAGCAGCAACAUACUUAUCAAGACUCGCCCUUAAUUCCAAGUGGCCAGCUCCACCCGAGACAGCACUCUAGCGUUCCUUCACCAUCAUAUUCAAAACCAGAUUUCUUGGAUUCAAGCGUGAAGUUCCUUGCUUCAGUUUCCCCCGGACAAAACAUGCUUAGUUCUCUUUGUCCUGAAGGAAGUGGAAGUCUCGCGAAUUUAUCAAGAAGCGGUCCAUCCUUGCUGACUGAACAGUUACCUCAACAGCAAUGGACUCAAAAGUAUGCACCUGUGCAGGUCAAUGCUUAUGGAGGCACUGUGUCACAGACACAAUAUUCUGGAAAAGAUUCUACAAUGGUGCUACAACAGUGUAACUCAGAUGCCCAGAAUUCAACACUCUUUGGUGUCAAUAUUGAUUCAUCUGGCCUUCUCCUUCCCACCACAGUCCCUGGUUACAGCACCCCAUCUGCGGAUACUAAUUCUUCUACAAUGCCAUUAGGGGAGUCUGGUUUCCAGGGUUCACUAUUUGGUUGCAUGCAAGAUUCGUCAGAGUUAUUGCAAAGUGCAGGGCAUAUUGACCCACAAAACCAGACUCAAACCUUUGUCAAGGUAUACAAAUCAGGGUCAGUUGGGCGCUCACUUGACAUAUCCCGGUUCAGCAGCUAUCAUGAACUGCGGGAGGAAUUGGCUCAGAUGUUUGGAAUUGAGGGAAAGUUGGAAGACCCUCUUAGAUCAGGCUGGCAGCUUGUGUUCGUUGACAGGGAGAAUGAUGUUCUUCUCCUUGGGGACGAUCCGUGGGAAUCAUUCGUCAAUAAUGUUUGGUAUAUCAAGAUACUCUCACCUGAAGACAUUCAGAAAAUGGGGGAACAAGCAGUGGAAUCCCUUGCUCUAGGUUCAGGACAAAGGCUGAAUGGGGCUGGUGCUGAGUCUCAGGACAUUGUUUCUGGUCCACCAUCAAUUGGAUCACUUGAGUACUGA